AUGUCAUGGUCAGGUGUUGUUAAAUACACACUUUCACCUAGUGCCUAUGUAAUCCAAAGCUUGUUCUAUACUGAUAAGAAUGGCGAUGUGGAUAUUGUUAUCGUUAAGACGGAAUCAAUCACUUAUAAAGACAAAACUAUAUCUAUUCUUUCUCGUAUUUUGCAAGCCUCAGUUAUUAAAGGAAAAACCAGCCAAUCAAAUGAUAUUUUAAUACUUGCUUUGUUUUCAGGUCAUCUUCUUUUUGUCGAUCUCACAACUUGGUCAGUCAUUAAAAAUAUUCAGAUUCAUGGGCUAAAUACUCUUUCGUAUCCUAUUGAUUGUGUCGGGUGGAAUAUAGCAAGUGAUACACUAGGAAAAGUGGUGGCUCUUGCUUCUUCUAAUUCUGUUAGGUUUUAUACACCACCAAAGGAUCAUGAUUUUAGCUCGCGACUUAUAAAUCACCAUCAAAUUAAUUUGGACGCGCAUAUGAUUUUCAAUAUUUUGUUUUUACCUUAUCAGAAAGGAACUUCUUCUCUUCAUUUGAUGUUUGUCGUCUUAUACCUGUCAAAACUAGGCGAUAUAAAAAUAGCAUUGUACUCGUGGUGGACAGAAAACUCUAUAAGUUCUAUUUCUCAUUAUGCCACCACGCCAUUACCUCCCACUCUUGAAUCCUGCUAUCCAUUGUUUAUGAUUCCUAUAUUUUGUAAUACUGGCGCCAUUUUACUUAUCUGCCAAAACACUGAAACCAAAUCGACUACAGCUAGUGUUAUCACAGUAAACGACUUAGUAUCAGCAACUCUUGAACAUAAAGUAAUAGUUUUACCUGAAGUGCCUACGGCUUAUUACCAAGAAAACGAACUCUUUCGAUUUUCUCAACUGACCAAGGGCUACAGCGAUAAACAAAGGAUAUUUUUUGCUACAGAAUCCAAUAAAAUAUACCAUUUAUUAAUCAACACGGAAUCUGGUGAUAUGCACAUUGAGGAGUUUCUUCAGUUACCUUUUUCGAUAGGAUCCACUUUGCUACUGAGAUUUUAUGAUUCUAACAAUGGAAUGAUAGUUGAUUCAUUACUUGAAAAAACAGACUAUCUUUCAAUUCAUACGAAUGGAAAUGGAACUAUCGGUGGGAAUUUUUUCUUUUCAAAAUCAGGGGACAAUCAUCAAUUGUUAUACUAUGAUAGAUCCCAACACUGGGGCCCAAUCCAUGAUGGUCUUGAAAUUAACACUGAAAACUCUUUCUCAUAUUCGGAUUACCAUCAUAAAAAAAGCGAAAUAUUUUUGGCUUCUGGAACUACAUCCAAUUCAUGGGAAUUAAAUCACAUACGCCACGGAGUUAGGGCCCUUCAUCGAUUUACUGAUUUGCAGUUAAUAAUGGGAUCUCAAGUUUUUAGUGCCAGUGCACCCCAAAGCGAAAAUGAUAAUUUAGAUUUAACGCCAUUUAAUUACAUACUUACUACGAGUUUUGCUGGAACUCGUAUUUUUAAAUCCACAUUUCUGACAGAAAGUCACGAUAGUACACUUGGCGAUCAGUUAAUUGAAGAAUUUCCACAACACUUACCGAUAGACUUUUUGAACGAAACUAAAGCAUUUUCUUCAUUUAAAAACUACUUAAUACAAAUAACCACAAAAAACAUAAUUAUUACUGAUCUAGGCAAAUCAACAAUAAAAAAAGAGUUUGAAUUUAUCAGUCGAGCUCAUAUCUUUGAAAAUUACAUUUUGAUUUCAUCAAUACCUUCAGAUUUCGAAAACGACCCAUUAUCGCAAUCAAAAAUAAUGGAAAUAAUUCUUUACCAGUUCGACGUCAAUUCACCAUUGAACAUGGACUGCUUAACUUUUGUGGCAAAAACUCAAAUGGAACAAAAUUUUCUUACUGAUGUGACGUCUUUAUGGAUAUUACCUUCAAGUGUUGAUGAUUCUUCGCAAUCUAUCUAUGUUUUUGUUAGCAUUUUAACAGAUAUCAAGUCUAGUUUGAAAAUUUUUAAUGUUGGAAGAAAUAAAGAAUUGGCUGAAAUUCAGCACAUAACAAACGGAAUUAGUACACCUGUUGAUAUUGUUUCAGUUUCUUCGGAAGAUAUAUGGUACAAUGCAAUUUUAGUUGGUCAACGGAAUGGCACAUACUUUUAUGCAGAAUGGAAUGAUACCGAAUUUUUCAUACGCUUUUCUUACACCAUUGGCGACUCUGUGGGUGUCAGAUUUAUUAAGGAUGGGGAAAAAGUUUUUGCUCUCUGUGGAUUUAUUUAUCGACUUUCAUCUUUAGAUUUUGUUUCUCCUUUUCGACCAGAACUUGUUGUUUUUGACAAGAAUGAAUUGGAUUUCCCUUCUUCUUUCUGUUUGUUUUUAUCUCAGAAAUCUGAUGAAAACGAAGCUAUAGUUUUUGCGGCAAUAUUCGGUGACAAAUUAGCUAUAGUAGAAGCUUCUGGACGCUCUGGAUAUUUCACAAAAUCUACACCUUUAGCUGGUCCACCUCGACAAUUACUUUAUUUAGAUCACAUUGGAAUAAUAGCAACUAUUCUCAAUUUUUCUUAUGAGUUAGGAGAUAACGAAGAAAACGCCAUUCAACAAUCUUUAAUACAAUUUAUUGAUCCUAAAAUUGGUUCAGUUCUAGACAUAGAUAAAUGGAAGCCAGUUUCACAAAGUUCAAAGCCAAAUACUGGUGGUAAUAUCUAUGGAAGUCAUUCGGCCAUUGAAAACAUUGACAAAUUUUUGUGUAUGAUGGUUUGGACUUUUAAAAAAAAUACAGACGUCUACAAAUAUUUGGUUAUUGCUGGCGAAACCAACAAAAAGGGACAGCUUUAUUUGCUAGAUGUACGAAGAAAAAAAUCGUCACCAAGUGUGGAGCUACACAGAAGAUUUUCUAAGUCUUUUAAUUCUCCAGUUUUUUCAAUUGAUCAGCUUGAUAAUAAUACAAUAAUAUGUGUGACUUCAUCAUCUGUUGAGCUGUUACGGCUAGAGCUUGAUUGUCAAUCGGAGAGUGAAAAACCAGUUUAUCGAUUAAGCAGACUUGAUUUUACAAUGAACACCCCGAUGAGACAUGUUUCUGUUAAAAAUCAAUUCGUUUAUCUUUCAUCUUGCAACUCAGUGCAAGUUUACAAAUAUAAUUAUGACCGCCUCUCAUUACUACAAAGUGAGGAUAAAAUGCGAACCAGCAUAUUUCAGAUAGUUCUAGAUGACAACACUUUAAUAGUUACUGAUUCAUCUAAGAAUGUUACGAUUUAUGGAAGCAAUUCAUAUAAAGAAACCGUUACAAGCACAAAUCUUGAAGUUUUAUCAGAAAUACAAUUUCCAACAUUAAUUGUUAAAGUGUUUCCAAUUACAGCUACCAAAAACAAUUACCUAUUAAAACACAUGGAUCCAGAACAAAUAUCAAAAGAAACAGGAAAGAUCACACAAGAUUUAAUUGCUUUAGGGGUUGAUGGUUCGAUGUAUAUGCUGCAUUUAAUCAAUAGGGAAAAUUAUAAGUUCCUUCGCACUAAAAUUGAAAAAUUAAAUGAAACUCCAUCUGCCGAACUAGAGAGUAUCUUUUUGAAAGAAGAUAAAAAACAAACCCGAGUUAUUGAUUUAGAUGAAAUGUUAAGACGACACUCUAAUGCAGAAUGGAUAAAAUUUUCAGCUCGGUUUAACCCAAUCAAUGAAUACUGGUAA